ACCUAUUGUUGCCCCCAAUUGUAGAACUUGAAGAAUACCUACCUACGCACACAUUUACGAGAACACCUAAAGUAACACAUCUAGACUAUGGCGACCCCAGGACAGACGGUAGGACCGGGGCCUGUGGAAUCAAGUACGCCGCAGCAGCCGAUAGGAACACCCUCGACGCCUGCGACGCCUUCAACGCCUGCGACGCCUUCAACGCCUGCAACACCCGCCACACCCAGUUCACCAACUGUACAACCGGCACCACAACCAACUCCAGCACCAGCUUCGACACUAGCUCCGGCUCCGGCACCGCAACCAGCACCUCAGCCAAGCCAGACACCAAAUGUCGUCGAUCCUGAUCAACUUGAGAGGGAAAAAGAAGCCAACAGGAGACAAGCAGAAGCUAUACGUAAACUUCAACAAGAAUUAAAAGUUGGGAGGCUAGUAAUAUGUGUUGGAUCUGGAGUAACUCUACACGCGGUCCCUAGCACCGAGAGAAGACGUAUGGGAGGUGCAUAACGUAAAAGACCUACCCAACGCUAUGAAAAAUCCCCUACUGAAAGAAAGAUCUAACCUUUGUCGUCUUCUACAUAGUGGGGUGGUCUAAUCGAGAAUGGAUUCCAAUAUGUCGAAGACCAAGCUAAGCAAAUCGCCGAUCGACAUAGACGCGACAUCGACCGAGCGAGAGAAUUACUGAAUAUCCCGGAUCGGACAAAGCAGGACCAAUUCGAAGCCAUAAACAGGUUGGAGGGGCUUUUUACUAAGCGUCCCGACCUUUUUGCGGGUUGGCUCAAACAUCAAUUCCACUCUUUAUACGACAUCACUGUCGACAGAAGUAUUCUUGACAGCCUGAGACAACUUCACCGGAAUGGUGCGAUGCUGUUGACUACUAAUUAUGAUGACCUACUUGAAAAGCAUUGCGGGAUCCCUCCUGUCGGGAGGUCAGAUGAGUAUGAGCUAGCGUCAUUCCAACGAAAAUCUUUUGACGGCGUUUUCCAUCCUCAUGGCCACUGGAAGGAUCCCGAAAAUAUCGUUUUGUCUGCACGAAAUUAUCAGG